AUGGCAUACCAACUUGCCCAUACCAGUGGCCCAAUGGCCAGGGAGAUACAGGGAAGUUCCUUCAGGGAAUUGAAAAUUGUGCAAAAUGGCGAAGUAAAUAUGGAGGGGUAUAUCGUUUAUGGUCUGGUAUGAAUCAGGAAAUGUGAGCCACUCCCGGUCGAUUUCUGACACGACAUUAAUGACCAUUUUACUUUCUUUUUGAAAUCAUGUUAUCUUUAGUAACUAAUAUUUCUUUGAACCGUAGUGUUAUCAGCCGCCCUGAAGAUAUCAAAAUUGUUUUCUGGGAUUCUAGCCGUCAUAAAAAGGCAGUAGCGAACGAUUCUGGCUUUCUGAUGCUUCAGCUUCUGGGUGACUGUUUAGGGCUUAUAAGCAAGCAAGAAUGGAGUGGAUUGCAAAAAGUUGUUGAGCCCUCCUUUCGUGCCUCGACGAGUAAUUCAUACCUACCGUUCAAUAGGCAGUCCACUAAACAAUUUCUGGAAACCCUGUUACCCCAGGGUCACGACAAACCAUCGCAAUAUGCUCUGAACCCACUCGAGGAUCUGAAGAUGCUGCCAUUCCGCAUUGUAACAAAUAUCAUAUAUAGAAAAUUGGAUAAGGAGAUCUCAAGACUGGAAAGUCUGAUUCCUCUGCGCGAGAGCCUAUGGAAUCAUAUGAUUGCUGGAGGUGUGAUACGAUAUCGAUGGAGCAGAUAUUUACCUUUGGAAACCAACAAAAAGCUUCGCGCCUGGAAAGAGCAAUGGGAGUCAUUCAAUAACCAUGCUGCUUCCAAAGCAAGAUAUCUGUACGAAAAAUCGAAUGGCGAAACUCAGAAGCCUACCAUUCUAGACUUGUACAGCGCUAUAGAGAAGCGUCAGAUCUCUUUCCCACAAGCGUUGCAGACAAUUGAUGAGAUGCUGUUUGCAAACCUCGACGUCACAAUGGGUGGAAUAUCUUGGAAUUUAGUUUUUCUAGCUGAGAAUGGUGCUGCGCAGGACAAGCUCAAGGCAGAAAUUGAUUCUCUGCAGAAUGUCCAUAGAGGAACAUUCAGAAGUGUACCCGAGGAUUGGAUACCCGACGCAUACAACAUCUCUUCGAAAACAUUUCUCCAUGCUUGCAUCCUCGAAUCAGCGCGUCUCCGACCGUUAGCCGCGUUCUCUGUUCCUCAGUCGGCGCCAACUUCACGAAUCGUUGUCAGAGGCGAAGGGAGCUGCGGCUACUUGAUACCGCCGAAUACCAACUUCGUUAUCGACUCGCAUGCUCUGAAUAUACACAACCAUUACUGGGGCUCAAGCAGAGAAGAGAGGGAGACGUAUUGCCCCGAGAGAUUUCUCCAACAAAAAGGGACCGAAUUGCGGUACAACUACUGGAGGUUCGGGUUUGGACCACGCCAGUGCCUCGGGAAGCACGUCGCAGAUCUGAUCAUAAAGCAGGCAUUGAUACAGCUACUAAGUAAUUAUAAAAUUCUUCGGCAGAUUCUGGGGAGUAAAUUGGAGGUUAAUCUGGAUAGUGGUAGCUGGAUAACGCACCCUGACGUCUUGCUUCGCUUGGAGAAGAAAUGA